AUGACAGAGCCUGAGACCCUGGCCCUGCUGGAAGUGAAGAGCCCACCCCAGGACCUGGUUCCCAAUGGCCGGCAGCCAGAAGGGGGAGGCGGGGCCGAGUCCCCUGAAGGCGGGUCCCUCCAAGUGGAGUCUUCAGCUGGCUCUGCCUCAGCCAGAGAGGCCACCGAGGAUGGCCUGGACAGCACAGUGAGCGAGGCCGCCACCUUGCCCUGGGGCACCGAUCCCCAGCCCACUGCACCCUUCCCGGACCCUCCCGGCUGGAGGGAUGUGGAGCCAGAGCCGCUAGAGCCCGAGCUGCCCGUCAGGCCCGAGGGGCUGCCUGAGGAUGACGCCAACCUGUUGCCUGCCAAGGCCGCCCGGGCCUUCGUGCCCAUCGACCUGCAGUGCAUCGAGCGGCGGCCCCAGGAGGACCUCAUCGUGCACUGCGAGGCAGGCCAGGGCGAGCGCCGGUCCUUCCUGCCCCCCCGGCUCCCCCACGUCGAGCCCCCCGAGUGCAAGUGGGCGGAGGCCAUGGUGAGGCCCCCCAGCCGCUCCUGCGGGGGCUGCGGGAGCUGCGGAGGUCGUGAGGGGCUGAGGGCUGUGGCUUCGGUGGGAGCCGCCCUCGUCCUCUUCCCGUGCCUGCUGUACGGAGCCUAUGCCUUCCUGCCCUUCGACGCCCCGCGGCUGCCCACCCUGAGCUCCCGCCUGGUCUACACGCUGCGCUGUGGGGUCUUUGCCACCUUCCCCAUCGUGCUGGGGCUCCUGGUGUACGGGCUGAGCCUGUUGUGCUUUUCUGCCCUACGGCCCUUUGGAGAGCCCCGGCGGGAGGUGGAGAUCCACCGGCGAUACGUGGCCCAGUCGGUCCAGCUCUUCAUCCUGUACUUCUUCAACCUGGCCGUGCUCUCCACCUACCUGCCCCAGGACACCCUCAAGCUGCUCCCUCUGCUCACUGGCCUCUUCGCCAUCUCUCGGCUGAUCUACUGGCUGACCUUCGCCGUGGGCCGCUCCUUCCGCGGCUUCGGCUACGGCCUCACCUUCCUGCCGCUGCUGUCCAUGCUGGUGUGGAACCUCUACUACAUGUUCGUGGUGGAGCCCGAGCGCAUGCUCACCGCCGCCGAGAGCCGCCUGGACUACCCGGACCACGCCCGCUCGGCCGCGGACCACAGGCCCCGCCCCUGGGGCUGA